AUGGCAUCUCAGGGCGGGGCGAAUCUGUCAUGGCAUGAGCUGGGUCUGCGGUCUCUGAAUUUGCCCUUAACCACAGAUCUGGUUAUUAGCAUCGUUUGCUCCGCCAAACUCACCCCCAGCGACCUCGAAUACCUCGGUAUCGAGCGCGUGAGCUUAUCAGGCAGUUGCAUCUGGUCCAUUACAAGGCCAUUCGAGUUCUAUGUGGACUGUCUUGUGCGCUGCGUGGCCAGAACGAGAGAAUCAACCGAGGCGCACUACCAACAGGCCUUCCUGGAGUCGCUGAGGUCUGGCCUCUUUCGUAUUCGCGCCGCCGUGAGCGAGUACGCCAGAGGCCUGCCAGACGAUGAGCUCGACGAACACGGUCGCGAUCAAACCCUUCAGGAGCUGCACGCGGCUCUCACCAGCGAAAUCUUACGCCUUCGGCCGCUGCCACCACCGGAUGAGACCGACGAGGUCACUGACAUGUUGGCGGCAUGGACGCCUUUCGACGAGACCGGCGAGCUGGCACAGCUGAUUGCGAACCUAGAGCUGAUGGCGAACGGGAGGGCUUCCGACCCAGAGGCCUGA